AUGAGAUCUCAGCUCGACAAAAAUUACGAUUUCACGAAGAAAACAACCCUGGGUGCGACGCGGUUGAUGCUGGCGGCCAAGGGUGAUAACUUGAAAAGCUGCCUCAAACUCAUCGAGCAGGGUGAAAGCGCCGACGACAGGACCGCAUUGGGCGUUUCGCUCCUGCAUUUCGCCGCCGUGAACGCGACACACGGCCUGGGCAUCAUUUGCUACUUCUUCUCGUAUCACGGGCUCGGCACGGCAACGGACUUGGAUGGCGAGGAACCGAUCCAUUAUGCCACCAGAGCGGGCCACUUCGACCUUGCUCAGAAACUGCUAGAGAUGUGGCCAACCCAAAUCACAAACCUGCUGCACUUCUUCGUGGCCGAAAAUCAAAUUGAGAUGGUCAACCUGGUGCACAGCUACGACAGGAGCCUUCUCAGAGGGGUCGACCCUGAUGGCAGGAACGCUCUGCACCUGGCGGCUGAGUACGCCGACUCGACUAUGUGCGAGUGGCUCAUUUAUCGCGGCGUCGACACCAAGGCCCUGAGUGCGAACAAGGCCUCGAUUGUUCACCACGCUGUACAGAACAAACUCAACUCGAGACAAAUUGUACGCUAUUUGGCCUACUGGAAGUUGAAGAUGGACGAGGAGAGUGAGUCUGGUGUGACUCCGAUCGAGUUGGCGCUUUUCCUUGUGCCGUGUUAG